ACCUCAACAACCAAGAGAGCUGUUAAGUUAAAUCAAAGAAACACCGUCCUGGUGAUCUAGAGCAUUAAUAACGCCGUUUAUCUCACAUCUUUAUGCGCCCUGGGGAGAUCAGGCGCACAGCAGAAGGUAAGCGCACAUGGGCGAACAUUUGUGCGUUUGAGUCAGUGACCGAUGAAAAUAACUGUUAAAAAAAGUUAACCCAGCGUCCAGAAGAAUAACGGGAAGCUACAAUGUCUAACUCACGGAGGUCUUCUGUUGUGGCACGAGGGAAGAGACCACCGGAUUUGGAACUGUCGCAAACCACGUUUCGCGCGCCUGAACCAGGAACCCCCGUGGACAACGACACGUUUUCUGAGAGAGACAAAAUGCCAGAGGACGGUAACACUCCCGCAGAAGUACCAACUGUUCACCUCCACCCGUACUUAUCUCAUCCCCGGAUGUCUGUGCGGAUGUCGGUGUACAGCACCGGGGUCCGUCCGGUCAUCACCCGCGCCUACAUCCAAGGACGUGUGUAUAACUUUCUGGAAAGGCCGUCUGGUUGGAAAUGCUUCGUGUAUCACUUCACAGUGUUUCUCAUAGUUCUGGCCUGCCUCAUGCUCAGCGUUCUGUCUACCAUCGAGCAGUACCAGGCCCUGGCUCACACGACACUCUUCUGGGUGGAGAUCGUCCUUGUGGUGUUCUUCGGUGUGGAAUAUUUUGUCCGCCUCUGGUCAGCCGGCUGCCGCAGUAAAUACGUUGGCAUCUGUGGCCGACUGCGCUUUGCCAGGAAGCCAAUAUCUAUUAUAGAUCUGAUUGUGGUCGUCGCCUCAAUAAUUGUGCUGUCAGUGGGCUCCAAAGGCCAGGUCUUCGCCACCUCUGCUGUAAGAGGGAUUCGUUUCCUGCAGAUCCUGCGAAUGCUCCACGUGGACCGGCAGGGAGGGACCUGGCGUCUCCUUGGCUCCGUCGUCUUCAUCCAUCGGCAGGAGCUGAUCUCCACGUUAUACAUUGGCUUUCUGAGCCUGAUCUUCUCCUCGUACUUUGUCUACCUGGCAGAGAAAGACGCAGUCGAUGGCAGCAGCUCCACCGAAAUUGAAAACUAUGCUGAUGCCCUGUGGUGGGGAGUGGUGACAGUGACUACCAUUGGAUAUGGAGACAAAGUGCCCCAAACCUGGAUUGGAAAGACCAUUGCAUCCUGUUUCUCAGUCUUCGCCAUUUCCUUCUUUGCUCUGCCUGCUGGAAUCUUGGGCUCAGGCUUCGCCCUGAAGGUGCAGCAGAAGCAAAGACAAAAACACUUCAACAGACAGAUCCCUGCAGCCGCCUGUCUCAUUCAGACAUCAUGGAGAUGUUUUGCAGUGGAGAACUUUGAUUCUGCCACAUUCAAGAUGUUUGUGAGGAAGAAGUCCAACAUCCCCGCCUCCUCUCUGUCCACCCCCAAGCCCAAGAAAUCGGUGAAGAUAAGGAGGAAGUUGAAGAGCAGCGACAACGACAACGGUCCAACUUCUCCCACAAUUCCCAGCAUCACAUACAGCUCUGUAUUUGACAGCGGCAUGGAGCUGAGUUCAGAUGCUUACAGCACUGUGGGCACAGAUUGCCAGCAGUCCUGGACGUCUUUGUCUUCCCUUCAGUUCAGCUCACCGCCUCCAGUGAAAAGAAGCCCGGGCCUCUUGGACGUCCACUCCCCCGGCCCCCUCCAGAGGAACUGCAGCUUUGCAGACGACCUGGAGCUGGAGCCGGAGCGCUACAGCGAGCUGGCUCCCGUCACCUCCGUGUCACAAUUGACAGACUCGCACCGAAAAGCCAUCCGGGUGAUCCAGAGAAUGCGUUGGCUUGUGGCCAGGAGGAAUUUCCAGCAAGCUCGUAAACCGUACGAUGUGCGCGACGUGAUUGAGCAGUACUCCCAGGGUCACCUCAACCUCAUGGUGCGAAUCAAGGAGCUGCAGAGAAGACUGGACCAGUCCAUAGGGAAGAUAACUUUGUUCCAGUCGGGCUCCGACAGAGCCAAAGACAAAGGGACCAACUCUAUCGGAUCCAGGCUCAACAGGAUUGAGGACAAGAUAACGCACAUGGACCACACUCUAAACCGCAUCGCAGAGUCCCUUUCGCUGGAUCAGAGGGACGACGGUGAGGGCGAAGGUGGAGGCAGGCUGAGGCCACGGCUUGGACGGACCAGUAAUGUCCUCCCCAGCCUGUACAGCCUGCCAAGCUACGACCAGCUGUCCUCAUCACCUUCGUCCUUCUCCGCCAACACCGCCAGCAGCACCGCCGCGGCCUUCACCAAGAAUCCUCUCAGCAGCACCGGCAGUCAGGAUGAGAGCGGCUGAAACCUGGAACCAAACAUCCUCAAAAGUUUUUCUCUUUUUAGUAUAAAUCAUGAAAUUCUGAUUGUAUCCAGUUUUUACUCCAUCUAUCUGGCUGGCUGGCUAAAUGUAUUACAGUUUAACAAAAUGAUGUUAUUCCAUCAAAAAUAAAAAGUAUAAUUUCUGUAAAACUAGCAUUUUACAUUUGCUCAUGAGUGGAUUUUAAAUCCACUCAUGAGGAGAAAAACUCCCCAGCUAGCUAAAAUCCUGCUAAAGCUAACAUACUGUAAUUAGCUUAGUAGCCUAUAUUUCAUGUGGAGUUCAUGUGCUUGAGUUUGAUAAUUAGAGACACCUAGCUAAGUAGAUACACUCAAUUUCUAAAAGCUAUGGACUGUACGCAUUUUAAAAGGAACACUAUUCUCUAAAUGACCAGCUUGAAAAUACAUAAAAUGAAGGCAUUAUAACUUUUUUAGACAAAUGUAAACCCUUUUUUCAACCACAUUGCCUGUUAUUACUCUCUGCCAAACAUCACCUCAGAUCUAUAUGUGAAAGAGAAUUAUUUUUAAAAUUCCAACAUAGAUUUUUCAGUAUAUUUUAUUGCCAUUAGUUUCAUAACCUUGAAGUUUAAAGUCUUUUAGACAUUAUUUCCUUUUGGAUUCUUUGUUGCCUUUUUAAAUAUUACUUGAAAUCUAUUCAGGUUAAAGCCAAAGAUUUUGCCACUGCCACGGCAUCAUGUACUGUGAUUCAAUAUGCUGUAUUCUCAUGAAAGAAACUAAUUUAAUUCAUUUAUAUUUAAGGGAAGAGGCCUUACUUUUCAAUACUUCACUUGAAAAGUUUCAAUUUAAUCAAAUU